UCGGAGUGUGGCCCGGGAGGGUCCCCUUCCUUGUCCCCUGAGCCAUCUGUUCGUGCCUCGGGCAGCUGCUAGCAGUAGCUGUCCUUUUUCGUCCGGCUUUGGCUGCUGCGCUGAAGCUGAUGAGCCACUGUUAGAGUUGUCUGUCCAGCCUCUGUAGCCUCCGGCCGUCGGUCGGGUUGAUAAUGAUGAACCAUUUGAAGGUAAAAGAAGGCAAGAUGCUGGAAGUUCAAUUUGUAGGGGAUGACGAUGUUCUUAAUCACAUUCUUGAUAAAGAAGAAGGGGCUAAAUUUCGAAAGGAUCGAACUCAGCUCUUGGUGAAUGUGAAGAAACUAAUGAAGAAACAGGAAAAUGAUCUAAAUGAAGAUGACCAGGAGGAUUUAAAAGAUGAGAACUAUGUGGAUAUUCUAGGAGGAGACACCCAAGAAUCCUUGAAAAAUGGCCGUGUUGCAGGUAGUAGCAGCAAAGUGUAUUCUUUUCAGACCAGAAAAAAUCCUGAAAAGAUGGCAGAAUUGGCUCAUGAACUAGCAAAAACACCGGGGAAAAGCACCUCACUGAUUUCUAAGGAGAAUGCUGAAAAGAUGGCAAACACUCCACAAAGUAGCAAAAAGCAAUCCACAUCAGACAAAGACCAAUUAAAGAGUGAUGAGAAAAAUGAAUUUCUAUCAACACCUUACAGACUAAGAAAAAGGUUGACAGUUUCUACUUUGCCAUCUGACACUGAAAGCGAAUAUUCUGAUUCGAACUCAGAGGAUGAGAAAGGAGUGAAACAGGAAGAGGAAGAGAAGAUAAAUGAAGUAAUGGAUCAAAAGAGAGUUGUGAAGCACAAAUCAUCAUCAUCAUCUUGCAAAAAAGUAUCAGCUAAAAAAAUGAAAAAAGACACGACAACUGAUUUAGUAGAAGAGUAUUUUGAAGCUCACAGCAGUUCAAAAGUUUUAACGUCAGAUAGAACAUUGCAGAAACUAAAGAAAACUAAAUUGGAUCAGCAAACUUUGCACAACCUGUUGAGUAAGUUUUCUCCUUCCUUUUCUGCUGAGCUAAAAGAAUUAAAUGAACAGCAUGAACAGCUAUUUCACAAGUGGAUGUUACAAUUACACCUAGGGUUCAACAUUGUGCUUUAUGGACUGGGCUCUAAGAAAGAAUUACUAGAGAAAUUUCGUGCCUCCAUGCUGCAAGAUUCAAUUCAUGUUGUCAUCAAUGGGUUUUUCCCUGGUAUUACUGUAAAAUCAAUUCUGAAUUCUAUAACAGAAGAAAUCCUUGAUCAUAUGGGAACUUUCCGAAGUGUGUUAGAUCAGCUGGACUGGAUAAUCAACAAAUUUAAAGAUGAUUCUUCGUUGGAACUCUUCCUCCUUAUCCAUAAUCUGGACAGCCAGAUGUUGAGAGGAGACAAAAGCCAGCAAAUUCUUGGACAGUUAUCAUCUUUGCCUAAGAUUUACCUCAUAGCUUCCAUUGAUCACAUCAAUGCUCCCCUCAUGUGGGAUCAUUCAAAGCAGAGCCUUUAUAACUGGCUUUGGUAUGAAACUACAACAUAUAAACCUUAUACUGAAGAAACCUCCUAUGAGAAUUCUCUGCUUGUCCAACAGUGUGGAACAAUAGCUCUUAGCUCCCUUACACAUGUUUUUCGCAGUCUUACUCCGAAUGCAAGGGGGAUUUUCAGGCUCCUAAUAAAGUAUCAAUUAGAGAAUGAAGAUAACCCUUCUUACAUAGGGCUUUCCUUUCAAGAUUUCUACCAGCAGUGUCGGGAAGCAUUUCUUGUUAACAGUGACCUGACACUUCGGGCACAACUAAUUGAAUUCAGGGAUCAUAAACUUCUAAGAACAAAAAAGGGAACGGAUGGAGUGGAGUAUUUGUUAAUUCCUAUUGACACUGGGACCUUAACUGAUUUCUUGGAGAAAGAGGAGAAAGAGUCUUGAAGAUUUCCUUUGAAUCUGAAUCUCCUGUGGCAACUAUUAUAAAGGGCUUCUAUAGAGGGACCUGUGCUCCACUUGCUGCCUCUAUAACCAAAAGCGCUAUGUUUAUUUACCAGCAGUAGAUUAUUUUUCCAGCAUGCAAGAUUUAAAACUCUGGACAAUAUAUCAUCAAAUUUAAUUCUUUUGACUGGCUUAAUGGUCUACUUAAGUGAUGCCAUCUCAAAUACUAUGCCUAAAACACUUAAACUGGAGAAAAUGUGCCUUUCAUUUCUUACCUUGGCUUGAUAGAGCAGUUUGCUCAGGGAGUAUUCGAAACUGAAGGUUUUGGAUUUCAUUUUAUACUAGGGAAGAUGAUAACCUUAAUUUCCGAGGGCUCUUUUAAACAGUCCCAAACUUGACUAUUUGCAAGCAUGCUGGUUCCGGAGUGUGAACUACUGAGGUGUGAGCAUCCACUAAAUCUGUUUCGUCUGCAGGUCUGUAUCUCUGAACUGCUGUGUGCAAUGACAGAGUUUACAAAGUAGUUAUUCUUGUUUUUCUGUUGUUGUUUUAAAGCAGCAAACACCAAGUGUAGAUUUUGGAAGGAAUAGAAAAUGGUUCUUUUCCACCCUUUUGGAUUUGUACCAGAUGGGAGAGGGGUGGGGGAAGACAUUAUUUAUUUGUAGGAGGGAAAGAUGAGUGGAAGGAAUAUAUAAGGAUGUCCUCCUAAUAGGGGGCACAUGAACAACAGAUCAUGGUAACCCAGAAAAGUGAGUGUCUAUUAUCUGACACAGGAGGGAGGCCGGACAAGAAUAGAAACUGAACACUUCAAUUAAGUUUUAAUAAUUGAUUUCACUGUUGAAUAAAAAAAUUUCAGUA